GGUUGUUAUCUUUUAUUUUGUUCUUCACCAUGCCUGAACCAGUCAAAUCUGCUCCAGUCCCUAAGAAGGGCUCCAAGAAGGCCAUUAACAAGGCUCAGAAGAAGGAUGGAAAGAAGCGCAAACGCAGCCGCAAGGAGAGCUACUCUGUGUAUGUGUACAAGGUGCUGAAGCAGGUCCACCCCGACACCGGCAUCUCCUCCAAGGCUAUGGGGAUCAUGAACUCCUUCGUCAACGACAUCUUUGAGCGUAUCGCCGGAGAAGCGUCACGCCUGGCGCAUUACAACAAACGCUCGACCAUCACUUCGAGGGAGAUCCAGACGGCCGUGCGCCUACUACUGCCCGGGGAAUUGGCCAAACACGCCGUGUCCGAGGGCACCAAGGCUGUCACCAAGUAUACCAGCUCCAAGUGAGCCUCUGGCUGCAGUCACAGGUCCGCCCUGACCCACACCCCAAAGGCUCUUUUCAGAGCCGUCCACGUUUCUCAAGAAAGAGCCAGUUCACUGUCUCCCGUUAGGUACCCUUUGGGACUCGCUUCGUACAUAAAAAUGUACGUAUACAUGUGUUCUGUUUGUUUGUUUUUUCUUUGAGGUGUAGUCUCACUUUGUUGCCCACCCUGGAGUGCAAUGGCACGAUCUCGGUUCCCUGCAAUCUCCACCUUCCGGGUUCAAGCGAUUCUUCUGCCUCAGCCUCUCGAGUAGCUGGGACCACAGGCGUGUGGCACCAGGCCCUGCUAACUUUUGUAUUUAUAGUAGAUACGGGGUUUCACCAUGUUGGCCAGACUGGUCUCGAACUCCUGACCUUAGGUGAUCCACUUGCCUUGGCCUCCCAAAGUGUUGGGAUCACAGGUGUGAGCCACUGCGCCCGGCCCAAAAUAUUUUAAAGAGGAUUAUUAGCAAGUAUGAGUGACCGUGGCUUAGGGAAGAUAAAA